AUGGGGUUCAGAAAUCUUCAGGCUCUCAACCUUGCUAUGCUAGCUAAGCAAGGUUGGAGGUUGAUUUCGAAUCCUAACUCUCUGGUGGCCCAAAUUUUUAAAGCAAGAUAUUAUUCGCAUGAUGAUGUUUUUCACGCUAAGCUUGGAUCCAGCCCUUCUUAUACUUGGAGGAGCAUUUUCAAUGGGUUGGAAGUUGUGAAAAGAGGCACCCGAUGGCGAGUUGGCAGUGGUGAGAAGAUUCUUAUUUGGGAGGAUAAAUGGCUACCGACUCCAACAACAUACAAAGUUAUCUCCUCCCCAAAGUCUUUUAAUGAUUACCCUAGGGUCUCAGCGCUUAUUGAUAGAGAUACUAGGAGGUGGAAAGGUGAUGUAGUGAGAUCUCUAUUCUUGCCUUUUGAAGAAAGGACUAUUCUAAAUAUUCCCCUUUGCCACAGCCUUCCAGAAGACCAGAUUAUAUGGGUGGGUAAUAGAAAAGGAGAAUUCAGUGUAAGAAGUGCGUAUUAUAUUGUUGGGGUGCUUGAUACUUUGGAGAGAGGUGUUGAUAUUUGUGAUGUUUGUCCGGCUUGUGGUAUGGAGCCUGAAACGAAUUGUCAUGUCUUUGUGAAAUGUGAAAUGGCUAAGAGGGUUUGGAGUUGUUGGCUAGACUGUCCGAUUUUGUUGUUGAAUGUAAAUAGAAAUAUUGUAGAUAUUGCUAUGGAGAUUUUGGAAUCUGGUUCAUCCAGUGACUUGGAGAUUUUCGUUGGGGCUACAUGGGCAAUUUGGUACAAUAGAAAUAGAAUUGUGUAUGAGUCCUCAAGUCAAAUCCGUGACCAUAUUUGGGGUUUUGCAAAGAAAUAUAUUUUUGAAUUCAAAAGUGCUUCAACAGCUUGUGCUCAAAGUUUGUCUUGGUCAGAAGGAAAGUGGUUAGCGCCUCCUCCAGGUGUAUUCAAGAUCAAUGCUGAUGGUGCUAGUUCGGAUGGUGAAAAGGACUCUAGUGUGGGAGCUGUUAUAAGAGAUUCAGCUGGUAAUAUUGUUGCUGCUUGCUGUAAAUAUCUUCAGGGUCAAUACUUGGUGGAGGAAGUUGAAGCUUUGGCUAUGGAAUGUGGUCUCCUUCUUGCCAAGGAGCAAAAGCUUUCCCAAAUUAUUUUGGAAUCUGAUGCUCUAACAGCGGUCAAUAGUGUUUUAGCAGCUGGAAAUAGUGGCUGUCUUGGCCAUAUUUAUUAA